CAUUGAUUUUCUUUCUCUUUCUUCAGAUGCAGGUAAUGACCAAGUUUUCCCUGGAGCUCAUGAACUGGGAUAUAAUUUCCCACCUGAAGGAAGAGGACCUCAGUGAGAUAAUCCAAGCCACCAAAGGAAAGGUAUUGCACUCUUUGGUGAAGGCAAAUGAAGUAUUUGCAGUGAUGGAUAAGGGAGAUCACCAAUGCUUUGCACCAUUGACCUGGGAAGAUGAUUGUUUCACCUUUGGAGCUCUGCAGGAGGAGCAGCCCUCUGCCAGUGCAUUAAAGUUGCCUUUUAAUGAGUUUGUGAACCAGACUGCUCCAGUUUAUGCUGUAGUUUGUAAAGGAUCUCAUCAGCUUGUGGCCCGGACCACAUGUGUUAAUGGAGGUUUCUGUUUGGACUCAUUGAGGGAGAUGAGCAUACCAGCAUACUCCUGCAAGAUACCUCUGCUGGACACAUUGAUUAAAGCUGGUCUGGUGUAUGCAGUUGAUGAAGAUGACCCACGAGGAGGUGUUGCUCAACUUUCAAAACUUGAGGAUCCAUCAGACACUCGACUUGCUCUCCAUGUCCUGAAAGCAGAACCUCUUCCUCAAAACAUCUUCAAAAUGCCAUACAGUUACCUGCGGAGUCUUGUAGGUGAUUCCUCAGUUUCCGUCUUUCUGGACUUAGAAUGGGGAGAUGUGACACAAGGACAAGUUCAUAUCCGAUUAGAUGCUACUUCUGGACGUGGUCAGCAGUUCCUGGAAUUGUGCACAGGAGAAAGGGGCCCAUCUUACAUCGACACCAAGUUCUUGAGUGUUGGUAACAGGGGUAACCCUGGAGAGUUCAUCAUUGGUGGUGACUAUGAGCACAAUGAUGGAACUGGUGGUGCUGCCGUAUUGUCAGGCCUGGAUCAUAGUGAAGGGAUCCCACGAAAUAUUGUUGUAGGACUAGUUUCAGGUCAUAACCAUGGCAACAAGAGCAGCCAGUUUCUUAUCUAUACAAAAGACCUUCCAGGAAGUUCAGAUUGUAUGAGUUUUGGCAAAGUCAAAGUUGGCAUGGAUGUUCUGUUGGCAGUUGUUGGAUUAAGCAACCCACAGGAUGUAAAAGUAAAAGACUGUGGAGUGUUUGUGUCAUUGUAACUCCUGUUGUCUUAUGUAAUUGAAAUAUAAUGUACCACAUUCAAGAACAGUUUGGUUAUUAAUGUUAAUUGAUACAGUAACUUGUUUUUGAUGCAUGGUGAUAGUUCUUAUGACAUAUAUUAUUGGUUAUAUCAUUUGUAAGCUCAUUCCUUGAAAAUAAAUACAAAAUUAAUAUUCUGUUAGAUUAUAAGAUACAAACAUGCUUCACAUCAAUUAACUAAUUAUUUAUUACAAAGUUGUCCACUGGUAAUUAUUUGUUUCAGCACACCAUCGAAUUUUUCUCGAGAUGUUUGAUUUCUGAUGUGUUUUGUUCAGAUCUGACCUUCAUUUCCAUUGGGAAAUGCGUCGUGUUUUUUGUUUUUUUAAGAUGCAAGUCAUUCUUGAUCAAAAACGGCUAUUUUCCAUCAAAAACGAAGGUGAGAUCUGAACAAAAUACAUCCAAAUACAUCAGAAACCAGACAUCUAGACCCCUAACUUUUACUUAAUUAACCUACCUUAACCUAACCUAACUUAACCUCACCUAACCCUUGCGGGGGGCCCUAAACCCUGCGGAAGUGAGCGGAGGCAGGCAGUUUGACACGCCUCAUGUCUCCAGACAGCUCGGGUGGGACAAGAAAUGGCGGGUGGAGGUUUAUUGAUCUAAUUUCUUAGGCGUUCCUGACUUGUGCGAUUUUUCUGAAAGAAAUAUGUUUCCAAGAGGCUUUAAGGGCUGAGGAAUGUAUAUAUCAGGUAGAAAUUGCCAAAAAAGUAAGUGCUUCUUUGUGAUUUGAAGAUGUGCUAAACCGAAUAAUAACCUGUCCUCUUAAUAAGAUUACACGACCAAUAAUUCCUCUUCGUCUAACUCUUUCGUUCUUCAGUUUACAUUGGUGGGCAAUGUUUAUAAGAUAUGGUCUAGAAGGGGCCACCAUCUGCACUUCAGUGUUAGUACCCUUCUGUUGGGGGGCAUCAGGUUCAAACUUUGUUUAUCAGGGGGUUUGUUGUCUUAAUUAACUCGUGAUUUCUUGUGACUAGCAAUUGUUUUCUAUAAAUGGACAUGUUUGAUGAAUUGUAGUGUGUAGCAAUUCUCGGAGAGGUUGCUCUGCAUUUUAUUUAUUUUAUUUAUUUAUUUUUUUAGCAUGUUAUCAGUGCUUUUUUUGGUGUGCCGGUUGAGUCUUAAAGUUUGCUGGUUCAUUCCUGGUGCAGCCCCCAGUUAACCCAGCUGUGGUAAUGUUUAACUUCACAGUUGGAGAAGUGAAGGCAGUUGAGUGCAUUGCUGGCUAUACUGCCUCCUUGUGUACUGAAGGCCUACAGCAGCAUGUUUAUCUACACUACUCCUGAUAGACUGUCAAGGCCUAAUGAACCUGCUUUCAAGUGGUAUUGUUUUCUUAUGCAAGGUCCAAGUCUUUAAUAAUAAUACCCCGAAGAGUU